AUGUCUCAGGGCUCUUCGCAGUGGGCGAAUCCGGAAUUGUCCAUCGGUGCAAGUUGCGGUACAGUGGACGCUGAAGGAAAACACAAAUGUUGGGCUCUCAAGGAGGACAGCCCUGCUCAUCAGGUAUGGAAAGCGAUAGCAAAGCCCAUUAUGCUUUUGCUCCAAGACCAUAAUGCCGAAAUGGAUACCAAGGAUGUGGACCUUAUGAUUGAGGUCUUCAUGAUUGGUGAAGAAGGGAGCAAGAGUUGCCCGACUGUACUUUUUAGUUGCCAAGAUAAGAGAGUUCGACAAAGAGCUAUGGAACUGGUCGAUAAGAGUAUGAUCAUUCAGGAUUAUGAGGGAUUACUGAUGGCCGAAUGUUCACGCCAUCGACGUCCCUUGGCGAUGGAAGAGACUGCAGAGGUUCCCGCUCUACCACCAGGAGUCUAUGCGACAGAACCGCUCCGACACUGUGGAGUAACUGUAUUGAUAUCUGGAGAGCAACGCGGCUCACCAAGGAGAGCUACGCUGGGUGGCAUCGUUUUUAUAGCUGGGUUGUUCUAUGGCCUUAUCACCCUUUACGCCUGCAAACAAAAUUCCAACAUAACUAAUUUCACGGAUCUGGAUCCUCAGUUUACUUUCUACGAGCCUGAGGAGGAUGUUGAUUUUCUUGAUAAUAGACAUGAUUCAGCUGCUGUGCUUUCUCUGGAUGGACUGUCACCAAGUACCCUUUCGUCGCCUACCAGUAGUAGAGAGAAUUCGACAGGAUCCAGAAAACCAUCCGAAGGCUCUAAUACGACAGUAGGGACCACUGAUUCUAUAAGCACUAUCUCAAGGGUGAGUUCCUCGUCGUCGGCUCCUGAGCCGCGGCCCAAGUCACAUCGAAGAACACUACUCGCUAUGGGAGGGGGAGAAAAUGAUAUUACGCCUGAGCUAGGCAACAUUUUUGUAUCAGCUCCUGCCAACAGCCUCGAUUGGGCUCUUGUGGAAAUCGAGAAUUUUGACUUAAUGCUGGAAGAUAUCUCACUAAAUAAUCGCCGAUUUAUGACUAACAGUAUUUACUGUCGGAAUCAAAACCUUCACACACAAGCUGUUCACCCUAAAGGUCUAGCGCGAAGACCAACAGAUAUUGACGUUCUCAUUUGUACUGGCAAUAGAGAUGACGCUUUAGAGGGGAGGUUAUCAGGGAUUGCAACUUAUCAGAAAGCACCGGGGAGCGAUACAUUCCAGGAGUUAUGGGUCGUCCGGUGUAUUAACGGUAAUUUCUUUGACGGGGACUGUGGAUCGUGGGUUGUUGAUGUUGAGACCGGAAAUCUCUGUGGGGUGGUGGUCUUCGGAAACCCAGGAUCCGAGAUCGCGUACAUCAUACCUGCCGCUCAUAUAUUCGAUCGAAUGCAGAAUCAUCUCAACAAGCGAGUAGAAUUAUCGACGCCGGAAUUGUGGAGUGCUAGGGAAGAGUUCUCGAAAAACAGCAGAUUAAUUAAUUCUAGUCUUCAACGCGCAGAUUCGAGCAGGACUAUUAGGACGGAAAAAGGCAAGAGUUCCGUAGGACAACCGUCCGUACGAGAUCCAUCUAUACGAUACUCUUUAGAGGUAGAUGAACCGGAAAUGGAGGAAGACGACUACGAAAUAUCGAAACGAAAAUCCUGGUCUCAAAACUCUAUUCAGAGCACCGUCUUCGACACCCGCUCUCUGCAUUCAACCGCUUCAUCACAUUUCUCCAAAAUACCUACGUACUUAGCAAGUGAUACACAUCUUUCGGUUGCGUCGAACUAUGAGCGGUUUCAAUCCUCUCAUCUUCCCAUGACUGGGCCACGCCGACGUACAGGAUCAACCGUUUCUGGCGGCUCAACUCCAUCGCGUCACAUAUACCGUCCCUACUCUACCACCUCGACCCUUCAAUCUAUCGACUCAGGCUACGGAAACCCGCCUUGUAAUAAUCUCUACAUCCGAAACCUUCCCGCUGAACCCGACGAAGGCGAUCUCCGCGAGUUCUUUGCGAAACAGCCUGGUUUCGAAGGUAUAAGAAUGAAACUCAACGAGCCAGAAUGUUUCGUCCAAUUUUCCGAUGUCCAAUCCGCCAUGGAAGCUCUUCGUCGGUCAGAUGAUCAUCGCUUCUCUCCAGAGGAUAAGUGGGGAAUCAUGGUUGGAUUUGCGCGUAAUGGCGUCGCUCCGGCAAAAACAAUCCCGAGCCAGGAAGAAAUCGAACUCGAAAUUGGGAUCGCAGAGCUUCUCGGUGCUGAAACUAUGCCUAGUAUGAGGGAAGCUGGAGGAAGACUGGCAAGGCUGAUCAGCCCGAAAAGAGCCAGCAUGAUGACCUUACCGCAUAUUAAGCAGGUCACGGAUAAGAGUGAGAUGCUGCAAGAAAUGUUUGCUGAGUUGGGGAUCGAGGUUACGGAGAGUGAGAAGGGAACUUCUGAAGCUAAUGACGAGGAGGAUGAUGUUAGUGAUUGA